CCGCUCUUACAGGGAUGAGGGCUGCGCGCCUCACAGGUGGAGCAGAAAACACCAAAACACGGGAUCCGAGGGAAGGAAAAAGCCAACAACAUCUAAACGAUUUCUGGCACAGAGCUGUACAACUCCUGAAGUGGACCAGCAUGAAGAAGCUCUACCCUAGCAUCUCUUGCCAGUAGCCGUGGCAGCAUGGCCUUUGCACCGCAAUCCAGAGAGGACACUAGUGGCUCAUUAGCACUGCAUUGGAGGCUAACACCAACAUAGCCAUCCGCCACAGAGGACAUACAGGAGGUUUUUCACCUUACUCAACCCAACCCGAAAUGAACUGAACUGAACCGAGCUGAGCUGCAAGUUAAACAUCCACUUUAAUCUUCUGAACUGCUAUUAAAGGCUCUUUGUAAAUAAGGACGAGCUGUGCCAGAGCAGCAUAUGCACAGGACAGCAACAUCACCACAGUGUGAAUGGGACAGCACCCAAAACUCCAGGAUUAAAUCAUCAGCCAGGGACCUUGGACCAUGUUCUGUCUCUGAUUGGGUGCUGUGGUGGCAGAGCUGGACCGUGCAGCUCUUCCACACUUUGACACAUCUGGACCCUGAGCCAUGUCUCUUCUCUGUGCCCUGAGCAUUCUCUAUGGAUUGAUGGUGCUCCCUUUUCAAUUUAGUGCUCUUAACACUGGCUACUGUGUUCCACGAAAGACUGUCCCCUACUACCAGAACGGGCUGAGGUUUUUCAGAGAGGAGGGGAUCUGGAACUAUUCCACCAUGCUGAUGCGAGAAGACCUGGAUCUGCUGCUGCUGGGCGCUAGAGAGGCCAUCUACGCCCUGGACAUCAACGACAUCUCCAUCAGAAAGGCUGCAGCUUACUGGCGAGUUACCGAGGAGAAACAGAGAGAGUGCACGUACAAGGGAAAACAUGCUGAGGUGGAAUGCCGCAACUACAUUCGAACCCUGCACACCGUGAAUACCACUACAAUGUAUGUGUGUGGCACAAAUGCUUUCAGCCCUACCUGUGACUAUAUGACGUUUUCUGAUGGACAGCUGAGUCUGGAGGGAAAGCAGGAAGAGGGAAAAGGGAAGUGUCCCUUUGAUCCCUUCCAGAGAUACUCCUCCCUCAUGGUUGGAAAUGACCUGUAUUCUGCUACAUCCAUCAACUUCUUGGGCUCUGAGCCUGUGAUUCUCCGCAGCUCAGCUUUGGCUCUCCGCACCGAGUUCAAGAGCUCUUGGCUCAAUGAGCCUAACUUCGUCUACAUGGACUUUGUGGGUGAGAGUGUGGAUAGUCCUGAUGGUGAUGACGAUAAGGUGUAUUUGUUCUUCAGUGAGAAUGCCAUGGAAUUUGAGUUCUACAACAAACUUGUGGUGUCACGAGUGGCCCGUGUCUGCAAGGGGGAUAUGGGCGGCCAGCGGACGCUGCAGAGGAAAUGGACGUCGUUCCUGAAAGCUCGUCUGGAUUGCUCCCUCCCUGAACCCAGCCUGCCUGCCAUUGUCCAGGAUGUCUUCCUGCUGAAGCACCAAGACUGGAGGAAGAGCGUCUUCUACGCUGUGUUCACUCCACAAUCGAGCUCGUCCGACAUGUCUGCAGUGUGUGCAUACAGUGUGUCUGCCAUUGGAGAUAUUUUCAACGAGGGGAAGUUUAAGACACCUGUUGCUGUGGAGACAUCUCAUGUCAAGUGGGUGAUGUACACUGGAGAACUGCCUGUCCCCAGACCAGGAGCUUGUAUCAAUAAUGCAGCACGUUCGAUGGGGAUGAGUCGCUCCCUGGACCUUCCUGACAAAACCCUCCAGUUCAUCAGAGACCGGCCCCUCAUGGAUGAGGCUGUUCGGCCUCUGACAGGAGGGCCGCUGCUGAUCAAGAAAGGAGCCAUGUUGACACGUAUCGUAGUGGACAGCGUGACGGCUCUGGAUGGAGAGACGUAUCCUGUCAUGUUCAUUGGCACUGAAAAUGGCUAUGUUCAGAAAGCCGUCAACUACGCUGGAGAAAUGUUCAUCAUUGAAGAGAUUCAGCUGUACGAGAACUCUGAGCCUGUCAGGGUCCUGCGCCUCUCGUCCAGCAAGGGCCAGCUGUAUGCAGGUUCAGAGUUCGGUGUUGUCCAGAUGCCACUCAGCAACUGUAGCCGCUAUGAGACAUGUGCGGACUGCGUCCUGUCCCGGGACCCUUACUGUGCCUGGGACAUCUCUGCUGGCCAAUGCUCCCUCAUCUCCACCCUAGCCUCUUUCUCACACACUGUCAUUCAGAGUCUAAAAGAAGUGAAUAUCUCACAAUGUCCCCAGCCAGAUCCAGUAGCAACUGUAGACUUUGCCCUAGUUCUAGAGAACAACAUCCAGCUGCCUUGCCAGCCGGACUCCAACUUGGCGCAAGUCCGCUGGCGAUUCUCUGACCAAACACUUCACUCUGACAACAAAUACUACAUCUACAGCGAAGGCCUGCUCAUUCUGAACGCCUCUGAAUCCGAUGCUGGCCUGUACACCUGUGCCUCAUUGGAGCAGGUGAAGGGCAGAAUAUACAGCCGCACCAUGGCGGUUUAUCGUUUACACCCACACACUGAGCCAGGUGUCGGGGACAGCAACACUGGUGGCGACAAUUCUUCAGACUCGACUCACAGCCAUCAUACAGCUGCACCGGGGCUGAUCCCAGACCUGGGGGACGAGGACCCUCUGCCACCUGAGAAUCAAAGCUUUGAGGGCAGGGUAGUAGGUUUAAAGGUGACUGUGGCUCUGCUGGCGCUGCUGUGUUUCUCCCUGGCUGGUCUUUUAUUUUGGAACUUCACCAGAGGACAUUUUGAAUGCUUGCAGGCUUCACAGAGCUCCAGUGAAAGCAAGGAGAGACGGCACUCGGCCGAGUACGUGCACAUUCAGAACAGAACUUCAGAGAUUAAGCUGCUGGGCCCUGAGGCUGGCAGACCCUGCAUUGCCAACAAUAAUCACUCUGCUGUGGACUUCAAAGGGAAUGGAGAGCACCACUUCACACCUAUGGCCAACAUUUCAAGUCUGGAUGGUUUGGGAUAUAUAAAUGAUGAGUCAGAGAUUUAACUCUGCUGAGACACAAUUUAAACCAAGGCCUACAACGGUUCCACAAAUUAUCCUCCUACAUAGAACAGUGCCUGGGAACUGGAAAGCAUGGUCUUAUGUUAUAUUAUUCCGCUAUGUCAUUUUGUCCUUGACCAAACUGUGUAAUAUGACAAUUUCCUAGACUAGGGUCCAUCACUCUAUCAUUUCCUCACCCUAAUCAGGCAGCUCAUGUACUUUAAACUAGACUUUUUACAAUAUUUCUGGUUCAUUUUUCACUCCAGAUUUUUUUUUAUACACACUUUUGUAUAGUGCCAUGUUGUGAAUAUACUUGGUGUAAUGUAUGCUGUAAGCCAUGGACAUUUUUAAGUACUAUUUCUUUGAUUAAUGUGAAUUUUUUUCAUUGCAGAAUCAUGUGUUUUGUGAUCAGUGUCUUGUAAAUAGGCCGACACAAGGAACAAGUAACACUUUGACUUCUAAUGUCCAAGGACAUUUCAUUUUAUUGACUCUACUGUUAAUAUAAGGCAACAUUCAUUAGCCACCAGUUGUACAUUAUUCAGUCUCUGGCCAUGUUAAUGAUAAAUAGCCCUUGCUGGUCUGUUUUCCUGGCUGCUCUUAAAAAAACAGAUUACUGAAUUAGUCAAGGUGCUUUGAAGAACUUAAUGGAAAUACUUCUUAUUGUCAGCAUUCAAACAGCUUUCUUGGCCCAAGAGAUUGAUCUCUAUUCGUGAAAACUGACCUGUAUCCCUUAGCUAGAAAUAUGAGAUGUUUUUCCACUGUUAUGUUAUCUUAUACGGACAUACAUCACCAUGCAAGUGAUCUGGAAAAAAAUAUGACAGUGUAUCCCAGAUGACUGUCCAUGUAUUCAGCUACAUUUCUUACACUGAAGCACUACCAUUCAAAAACAUCUUUGGGGUGUAAAAGUCAGUUUAUCAACUUUGUACAUCAGCCAUCAUUGAUCAGGACUCUUGGUUCUCUGGUUUCUAGCUGUGGCAAGUACCUUUUCAUAUUUCAAAAUACUGACUGGAAUGCCUAAGGCCAAAAGAAUGAUAUGUGAAGUGAGUGCCGUUCUCCUUUCACAUGAAAAACAUGAGCUUGAAGAGUUUCUGGUUGUCAGUAAUCAUUACCUUCCCUCUACAACAGCCAGGAAAGUCAUUUUUAAAUAACAUUGGAAGGCAUGCUCAUUGUCAUGCUUUUUGGAAUAGACACUGCUGUGGUCUGUGUGUGACAAAAACACCACGACUGUUCAUUUACCUCAGAUGUGUCUGUUGUUGUUGAAAGAGUCUAAGACCAAACUUAAUUACAGGAAUGUUGUCUGAAUUGUCUGUGUUUUUCACUGCCUCUGUCUGUCAUUACCAACAGCACCCAGCCUUAUAUUUUAUGUAAAACAAGCACAUAUGUGUGUGUGUGUGUGUGUGUA